UUUUCCGGUUCAGGUUAUUCUUUUUUCCGGAAUGCGAAAAAAAGAAUAUCAUUGUUUGCUCUCUCAAUCUCAACAACAACACUUCUCUCACUCAAUCGCUUUCUCUUUGAGACGUUUGUUUAGUUUCAACAAACAAAUCAAAACACACAAAGUUUGUGUCUUCCCUUAAGAUUCACUCAAAUCUCGCAACACACACAUUCAACAAAUCCUGAUUCAUAACAUCUCACCAAAUCUCUCAAAAGAUCUCCAAAUCUAAAAUGUUCUUCUUCUUCUUCUUCAUCUGAAUCCAAAACAACAAUGGUGAGACGUUUCCUCUCUUCUCACAAAUCUCUCAUCACUGUUUUCUGGAUCGCCACUUUCGCUUCCUUAUUCAUCUGGCAAUUCGGCGGCGUUUCCACAAAUCUCUACUCCGGUUUCUCCCUUUUCUGGUCGUCGUCUUCAACAACCACCACCGUCUUCUCCGGUGGAUUCCCCAAGCUCAGACCUGUAGUUUUCAAUCUAACAGACUUCGGUGCUGUCGGCGAUGGUGUCACAAUCAACACUGAAGCUUUCGAGAAAGCUAUUUAUAAGAUCUCUAAGCUUGCUAAGAAAGGAGGUGGUCAACUUAAUGUUCCUCCUGGUCGUUGGCUCACUGCUCCGUUUAAUCUCACUAGUUAUAUGACUCUUUUCCUCUCUGAGAACGCUGAGAUUCUUGCUCUUCAGGAUGAAAAGUAUUGGUCUUUGCUUCCUCCUUUACCUUCAUAUGGAUAUGGAAGAGAGCAUCAUGGACCUCGUUAUGGAAGUUUCAUUCAUGGACAGAAUCUUAGAGAUGUUGUUGUUACAGGGAAUAAUGGUAGCAUCAACGGGCAGGGACAAACGUGGUGGAAGAAGUAUCGCCAAAAGCUGCUUAACCACACGAGAGGACCACUGGUGCAGAUAAUGUGGUCAAGUGACAUUGUUUUUGCCAAUAUCACUUUGCGUGAUUCUCCAUUUUGGACGCUUCACCCAUAUGACUGCAAAAAUGUCACAAUCACCAAUAUGACCAUUUUGGCGCCUGUGUUCGAAGCCCCAAACACUGAUGGUAUCGAUCCGGAUUCGUGUGAGGACAUGUUAAUCGAGAACUCUUACAUCAGCGUUGGGGAUGAUGGAAUCGCAAUAAAGAGCGGUUGGGACCAGUAUGGAACUACAUAUGGAAAACCUUCAAAGAACAUACUCAUCCGCAACCUCAUCAUCCGCUCCAUGGUUAGCGCUGGUAUAUCAAUAGGAAGUGAGAUGUCUGGUGGUGUCUCGAAUAUCACAGUCGAGAAUAUUCUGAUUUGGAGCUCCCGGCGUGGAGUUAGGAUUAAAACCGCACCAGGACGAGGUGGGUAUGUCCGGGAUAUAACAUUCCGGAAUGUCACAUUGGAUGAGUUGAGAGUUGGUAUUGUCAUUAAAACAGACUACAACGAGCACCCAGAUGGUGGAUUCAAUCCCCAAGCCUUUCCGAUACUCGAGAACAUAAACUACACUGGGAUAUACGGUCAGGGAGUGCGUGUACCAGUGCGUAUCCAAGGAAGCAAAGAGAUUCCUGUUAAAAAUGUAACCUUCAGGGACAUGUCAGUGGGGAUAACAUACAAGAAAAAGCACAUAUUCCAGUGUGCGUACGUGGAGGGGCGUGUGAUAGGCACCAUCUUCCCAGCUCCGUGUGAUAACCUUGAUCGGUAUGAUGAGCAGGAACGGUUGGUGAAGCAAUCUGAUUCCCAGAAUGCAACAGAUAUAGACUACGAGAUCUGACCAACAAGAGACUGGGUUUGGCCUCUGCAACAAAUUUGUUUCGUUGGAUUUUGUACAUAUACAGAGGAAUCUGGAAAGCAAAGGAAAUUAUCGGUCAGUCAGAUUAAAUUGUAUUUGCACUCUUAAAGAGGAAUUUUUCCAUUGAUCAGUUUAUGUUAUUGGGUUCUUCUCUAUCUACCUUUGUUAUACACACAUAAAUGGGAAUGGUGAGAUUCGAAAAUUACUGCUUUUGCGGCAAGCUGAGAUAUUGUAUCAUAAGUUCAAUUUCGUAAAUAAAAUGCAGUCUUCUACGGACACAUGAUUCUGCAAUGACCUGACCAGUCUAGUAGAGAAACAGAAAGUAACCAAGUUGAUCAGAUGAUGAUUUGGUGUUGGAAAUACAGAAAAAAUGGAAGAUAUGUGAGAUUUGUUGUUCUCAGAGUUAGAUGAGUUUUAAGAGGGUGUGGAUCAUGCAGCUUAAAGCAUCACCGGUGACUGUAACGGCUAGCAGCUCGACUCUCGGGACUUUUAAAGUGGGGACACUUGGACAAAGUCACACCUCCAUGGACUGAUUGUCAAAGCAUCUGUAGUGGUUGCUCCUAUGGUACUUCAAUUUGGUCAUUCUUUGUUAACCUUUAGUAGUUUGGUGGUUUUUGGUUAUGUCGUAUGGUCACCUACAGGGUUAUUGCAUUUGGAACUUUUAACUUCGAAACUACAUGUAUCCUAUAUCCAAAUGCUUUAUCACUUUGUACUGAAAUGCGUUCAUGUGAGGUUAUUUUUACUCAUUUCCGCUCUUUUGCACCUAAGAUGUGUUGAAAGUGGAAAUGAGCUAAAUCUUUGUUCAGAUUAUUCAACCGAAUUAAGAAAGAUUGAC